UCUUCCCAUCGAACUGCACACUGACAGGACAAAGCUUUCAAAUCCUCUCUCUCUCUCUCUCUCUAAAACCCAAAGUUUCGAAAAACUACGCGUCCUUUCCACUCUCCACCUCAAAACCCUAACCAAAGCUUCCCCCACUCUCUCUCUCUCUCCCACAUUCUCUUCCCCGUCCGCAUGCACCGCCGGGAGAAUCCAAUUCCACCCAGGAGAUCCUCCGCUGAUUGAUCCCCCGGCCAUGGACGGCGACAAGAGGCCCCGGGACCAGCGGCCCCACGCCGAUCCCCCGCCAGAGUUCUUCUUCUUCGGCGACGACCAGGACAGCAGCAUACUCAGCGAAUUCGGGUGGAGCCUCCCCGAGCCUGCGUCGCUUGCUUCCCGGUCCGGGGAGCUCGGCUCCGUCGGCGCAGGUUCAGCCGGCACGUCUGCAGAACCGGCGGAGACCACGACGACGGCUGAGGUUGAGGGCGCCGGUGGUGGAGGUCCUCCAGCAGGAGGUCUGGAGGCGUCGACAUCGAACUACCCCGCUGUCUCAUCCGACUCGAGCGAGGACCCGGCGGAGAAGUCCACGGGCUCCGGCGGGAACCCGCCGGCCGAGACACCGAGCAAUAAGGUGCGGAAAAAAGGGCAGAAGCGAAUAAGGCAGCCUCGCUUCGCAUUUAUGACUAAGAGCGAUGUCGAUCAUCUCGAAGAUGGGUACAGAUGGAGGAAAUAUGGGCAAAAGGCUGUUAAAAAUAGUCCCUUUCCAAGAAGCUACUAUCGUUGUACAAACAGCAAAUGUACGGUCAAGAAACGAGUGGAGCGCUCCUCCGAAGAUCCCACAGUAGUAAUAACAACCUAUGAAGGCCAACACUGCCACCAUUCUGUAGGGUUCCCGCGGGGUGGCAGCGGAGUGCUUACCCCUAACGAAAAUGCAACUGCUUUUGGCCCCCAGCUAGCUCCUCCAUUGUUCCCGCAAUUGUACCACCCGCCAAGAGUACUUAAUCUUAACCCUUCGCCCCGAGAGAUUAACAGCCCUCCCCGUCCGCCUAAUCUUCCCCCUCGCCCGUUGGCAACCUCAUCCGGGUCCGACUCUCAGCAGCUGCCUCCUCAUUCUUCUGAAGAAUUCCAAGCACAGCAACAGUUGGGAAGAUCAAACCCUCCUGACCUUCCCACUGAUGAAGGGUUGCUCGGCGAUAUGGUGCCCUCUGGGAUGCGUCAUAGGUUAGACAAGCGGACAUUAAUUAGCUGGAAUUCUUUCCAAGGAUAAGAAUCUUUGGGAGCUAAAAGAAUUUAAUGUAAGAGGAGGUUUGAAGUUUGAUUUUCUCUAAUAGGACUACCUCGUUCUCUUUAUUUUUAUUUUAUUUUUACUUUUUUAUUUAUACUAGACUCAUGUCCCUCCUUAAUUUUGUAAUUAAUAAAAUUAUGUAAGACGACAUACUGGAUGAUAAGAGUUUGAACGGAAAAUGAAAAAAAAAAAAA